AUGGCCGGAAAGAAGGGCGCUGGUGAGAACACCAAGAAGGCUUCCGGCAACGCGAAGAAGGCCGAAGCAGCUGCGAACAAGCAAGCAGCUCAGGACCGUCAGAAAGAAGCAGCAGAGUCAGACCAGUGGGGCAAGGGUGCCAAAGAUAACUCCAAGAAACAAGCCGAAGCUGAGAAGAAGGCCGAGGCAGCCCGCAAAAAGGCAGAGAAGGCCGCCCUCGAAGCCGAAGACGAAAAGGACCUCCCAACCAAGGGUCCCAAAAACAGCAAGACAGCGACUAAGAAGACGGGACGCGGCACACUCGACCUCUCACAGCUCGACGCCGCAAUGCCGGCCCUCAACGCUUCCGGCAUCGACAACGCUCUCGAUGCCCUUGGUGUCGCCGGCAACUCGCAAGACAAAGUCGACAAGCAUCCGGAGAGGCGAUUCAAGGCUGCCUAUGCUGCUUUCGAGGAGCGAAGGCUCACGGAGAUGGAGACCGAUGGCAGUGGCGCAGGCCUCAGGUUGCAGCAGAAGAAGGAUAGAAUCCGAAAGGAGUUUGAGAAAUCUCCUGAUAACCCGUUCAACCAGGUCAACGCGCAGUACAACUCGACGCGAGAAGACCUGGCCGAUAUCCGACAGAAGGAGAAGUCCAAGGUUGAGACCAGACUCGGGUCGAAGUAG